UUUAAAUGUUUUAAAAGCCCUGUGUUUCCUCCGCCUGCUAUCAUCUCUUCUGUGGAAUAAGUGAAAGCAACACGCCUGAUCGACUUUCUUCGUCUCUUUUAAGAUAACACUAACUAAGCAUCAUGGGAUCCAGUGAGAGCAAGAUGGUGGUUUGUGCACCAAUAAAACCAGAACCAGCGAUCAAAAACAGCCGAGUCAGUGAUCUGAUGGACCCACGCUCUCCAACAGCCCUCGAUCGUACCCCCAUCCAGGUUGCUGUGUCCAAAACCGAGUGUCCACUGGCGUUCACAGACCCCCGCUCACCGUCUAUCGACAUCAGCCGCACCCCCGCCAGAGAAGUCCUGAGCUCCACAGUUGGGUCCUUCGCCCGCCGCCUGGGCUUGCUUUUGCACAACGAGUCAGAGGGCAAAGUCCCUGAAGCGCCUCCCAAAUGCUUCAAUGACGCCGUGGAGGAGGAAGCGGAGGAGGACAGUUUUAAGGGUGAAGAGGAGCUGGCGUCCACCGUGCCCCUCCUGUCACACCAGCCCUCACACACCUACAACUCUCUGGCUGAACACGCUAACCUCCUGGUGACCCCCCUCCAGAGUAAGGGUGACCUGAGCCCCUUUGUGCUCCUGCAGAACCCCCAGGAGGUAGACGUGGAGCUGGAAACGGAGACGGACCUUAGCCUGGAGGAGGCCGAGGAAGCCAGAGAGACUCCGCUUCACAAGAGGAUGAGCAUGAGCCUGAUCACCUACCAUGAGGGGGAAACAUCCGCCCAGAUCUUCGCUGACGUGCACUGUGACGGGGCUUCAUCUCCAAGGAUGAGUGCGGACGUGGAGACCCUCGAGGACCACGUUGAUCAUACCUAUGACCUACCUACAAUGACUGUUGAACCAGAGACCCCCGUCGAGCCCUCCUUCGCCGCUGAUUCAGAGGCUUCCCCAGCACAGGAGACGGAGGAGACAGAAACCAAAGCUCAGGAGACAGAAACCAGAGCUCAGGAGACAGAGGAGACAGAAACCAAAGCUCAGGAGACAGAGGAGACAGAAACCAAAGCUCAGGAGACAGAGGAGGCAGAAACUAAAGCUCAGGACACAGAGGAGACAGAAACCAAAGCUCAGGACACAGAGGAGGCAGACAUCAAAGCUCCUGUUGAAGAAUCGUCGUCUUCCUCUCCUGCACCAGAGCCCCCGACCGUCUCCAGAUCCGGGAUCCGCUGCCCCAGCUUCGACGCCAAGAGCCCCAGUCAGGUGGUGUUCAAGCCCCAAUGGUUGGGAAAAGGAUUCGGGGCAACCGGGAUAAGAGCUCGGAGAGUUCACAGCGGGAAGGGGGGCUCCUCUCCUCUCGCUGUGCGGGUCGCCGUGAAGAACGCUAACAGCGAGAACAAGAGGCUGUCCGGGAAACUGAAGCAGAAAGGUACUGAAGGCCGCUCCCCGCUGCAGAGGCUUAAGGGAACAAACUCUCCAAGGGAACAGCAAUCUCAGAUGAAGCUGAAGGUGUCCACUCCUGAUAAGCCCAGGCUGGGAGCGAUGGACCGCAGAGCGCUGGCCGUGUCUCUGGAUAAGGAGAACCGAUGAUUCACUGCGAGACGUGGACAGAAUCCUCUUUUUAAAAUAAGCUUUUUUUAUGUGUACAGCUUUCUUAAACUUUCCCCUUGUGUAUAUUACUUUUUACUACUGCAGCUUUGUUUCCUGUUUGUCCUCUUGUAAAUGAAAAUGCAAUUAUUUCUCUUCUUACCUAAGUUUUUAAUCUUUGUAUGUUGUUUUGUGUUUAUCUAAACAUUCAUUCAAUAAACUUCCUCAUAAAAAUGA